ACGCAGGCGCGUCUCCUCAAAUCCUACCCCUACCCGCCUCCUCUUUCUCUUCAUUUCGUUCCCCCUCCUUUUCCAGCACCUCAGCAGGUUCAAACUCUUCUCGGUGAGAGUGGCGGCGAUCGCGAGGUCACGUGAUGAGCAUCCUGCUGCCCAACAUGGCGGAGUUCGACACCAUCUCUGAACUGGAGGAGGAGGAGGAAGAAGAAGCGCCAACGUCGUCGUCGUCGCCGUCGUCGUCGUCUGUAUCUGGGCCCGACGAUGACGAGGAAGAGGAGGAGGAGGAGGAAGAAGAAGAGGAAGAAGAGGGGGAGGAAGCACCACCCCCGCCUCGGGUAGUGAGCGAGGAGCAUCUGCGGAGAUAUGCCCCCGACCCCGUAUUGGUGCGGGGCGCCGGCCACAUCACUGUGUUUGGCUUGAGCAACAAGUUUGAUACUGAAUUUCCCUCAGUUCUAACAGGGAAGGUGGCUCCAGAAGAAUUUAAGAUCAGCAUUGGACGUGUGAAUUCAUGUUUGAAAAAGGCUCUCCCAGUCAAUGUGAAAUGGCUGCUUUGUGGUUGUCUCUGCUGCUGUUGCACACUGGGUUGCAGCCUGUGGCCUGUUAUUUGUCUCAACAAAAGA